AUGACUUCACGAACUUCCGAGUUUUCGUUUUACACUAAAAUCUACAACUCCAUUUUUAAAAGAAAUUCGACUUUCGUUGCUACAGUCUUUGCUGGAACUUUUAUUUUUCAAGCUUCCUUCGAUUCUGCUAUAACUAGAUGGUAUGAAAAUCAUAAUAAGGGUAAACUUUGGAAAGAUAUUAAACCUGCUAUUUUAGCUAGAAAUGGUGGUGGAGAUGAAGAUGCCGAUGAAGAUGAUGAUGAAUAAUUUAUUUUGUUUUGCUUUGUUUUGUUUUUCUUGUUUUUUAUUCAUUUUCAUCAAUUAAUUUUGCAAUCUUACAUUCUUACAUGUAUACAUCUACUCAUUUAUAAAUUUAUAAAUAUUCUUGGUUUUUAUCUUAAUUUUUUAUCCAUUUCUUGUUAUAAUCAAUUUAAUUGUAUCUAAAAACUUAU